AUGAUAACCGUCAAGCUCUCAGAGAGGUAUGCCUUUGUGGAUGGAUACCUUGUUCAUACUGAUGAAGACGGACACCAACGGCUAGAAGUACCUGGUCGCAAUGUCAAAGAAAUGACAAAAGAGGAGCGCUCCCUUUACAUGAGGCAUCAACGAGACAUGCACGACUUGUCACGCUACAUGAACAGUGAGUACGAUCUGUUCAGCUGCAGCUCAGCCAGUCUUUUUGAGGCCGUGGACAAGGAAAAAAAGCUGUUCUACACUAGUGAUGGUGGAAAGAAAUUGAUACAAAAGUCACGCAACGCCCUCUACUCCAUAUUCUCGUUCGUCUCAACGGCUUCAAAGUUGAUGAUCUUUGUCCAAGCAUGGACACUCCUGAUCGGAUUCGCCGAAAACUGGAUGCGUUCAAACAAUUUGUGGUCUACUCUACGCUAUACAAUAGUCCUGACAAAAAUGUGCAGUACUUUACGGAGGAUCUUCCUUCGGAAUGGGCUUGGAUCAAAAGUGUUUACCGCCAGCUUGCAGCAGAGCACGAGUCAAAGCUGCCCUUCAGAAUCUCGUAUCAGCCCCCGGAUGACGUGAUUGUUUCGGGAAAAUCUUUCUCCCGUGGGUACAUUCGGAGUCUUUACUCUGGAGAGAUCGUCAAGGAUAUCACCGAGUUUUAUCAAACUCCCACAGUAAAAGAAGCUGCAUUUGAAGUGUUGGAUGAUCCACGUGAACAUUUUGGAGAAGACUUGUCGGAGCCAAAGCUGGCGUUUCAACAGCUGGUCAGUCGCUCCGCAAAAUCAAGAAUCAACCCCAAAGAGCUGAAGCCCGCGGGCUCUCUCGCC